GCCCAUGCGGCGGCGCCGGCCUUCCUCGCUCGCCCUAUCAGCGCCGCUUACGCCAAUUGCGUGGGGGAGGCGGGCGCCACUGCGCAGGCGCGGCAGCCUCGGCUUGGGGGCAGGCCGCAACGGCGGCGAGAGCGAGCGAGCGAGAGCAGAACAUGAAUGGAGCAAAAUGGCGGAUCAUGUGCAGAGUCUAGCCCAGCUAGAGAACCUGUGCAAGCAGCUGUACGAGACGACAGACACGACGACGCGGCUGCAGGCGGAGAAGGCCUUGGUGGAGUUCACCAAUAGCCCAGACUGCUUGAACAAGUGCCAGCUUCUUCUCGAAAGAGGGAGUUCAUCUUACUCCCAGCUAUUGGCAGCUACAUGCCUUACGAAACUGGUGUCGCGCACAAACAACCCUUUGCCCUUGGAACAGCGGAUAGACAUCCGAAACUAUGUGCUCAACUACCUGGCCACCAGGCCCAAGCUGGCAACCUUUGUGACCCAAGCCCUAAUCCAGCUCUAUGCCAGGAUCACAAAGCUGGGCUGGUUUGACUGCCAGAAGGACGAAUAUGUUUUCAGAAACGUCAUCACGGACGUCACAAGGUUUUUACAGGACAGUGUAGAGCACUGCAUCAUAGGAGUGACCAUUCUCUCUCAACUGACGAAUGAAAUUAACCAAGUAAGUGCUACAGCAUUCCUCAGCGAAGCAGACACUACGCACCCUUUGACCAAGCACAGGAAAAUAGCCUCUUCAUUCCGGGAUUCUUCAUUAUUUGAUAUCUUCACGCUCUCCUGCAAUUUGUUAAAACAGGCGUCGGGUAAAAACCUGAACUUGAAUGAUGAAAGCCAGCACGGCCUCCUCAUGCAGCUCCUUAAGCUUACACACAACUGCCUGAACUUUGACUUCAUUGGUACGUCGACAGAUGAGUCCUCGGACGACCUCUGCACCGUGCAGAUCCCCACCAGCUGGAGAUCAGCAUUUCUAGAUUCCUCAACCUUACAGCUGUUUUUUGACCUGUACCAUUCCAUCCCUCCCACGUUUUCACCUCUGGUCUUAUCAUGUCUAGUGCAAAUCGCUUCUGUCCGUAGGUCCUUAUUUAACAAUGCAGAAAGAGCAAAAUUUUUGUCUCAUCUCGUUGAUGGUGUCAAGCGAAUACUGGAAAACCCCCAGAGCUUGUCAGACCCCAACAACUACCAUGAGUUCUGUCGGCUGCUUGCGCGGCUGAAGAGCAACUACCAGCUGGGGGAGCUGGUGAAAGUGGAAAACUACCCAGAAGUCAUCCGACUCAUCGCCAACUUCACAGUGACCAGUUUGCAGCACUGGGAAUUUGCCCCCAACAGCGUCCACUACCUGCUCAGCCUGUGGCAGCGGCUGGCAGCCUCAGUUCCCUACGUCAAAGCCACGGAGCCGCACAUGCUGGAGACCUACACGCCCGAAGUCACCAAAGCAUACAUCACCUCCAGGCUGGAGUCUGUGCACAUCAUACUAAGAGACGGCUUGGAGGACCCUCUGGACGACACGGGUUUGGUGCAGCAGCAGCUUGACCAGCUCUCCACCAUCGGGCGCUGCGAGUACGAGAAGACUUGUGCCCUCCUUGUGCAGCUGUUUGACCAGUCGGCCCAGUCCUACCAGGAGCUGCUGCAGAGCGCCACUGCCAUCCCAGUGGAUGUCGCUGUGCAGGAAGGGCGCCUGACGUGGCUGGUCUACAUCAUCGGGGCGGUGAUCGGGGGACGGGUGUCGUUUGCCAGUACAGACGAGCAGGAUGCCAUGGAUGGUGAACUGGUUUGCCGGGUCCUUCAGCUCAUGAACCUGACAGACUCACGCCUGGCCCAGGCGGGCAAUGAGAAGCUGGAGCUGGCCAUGCUGAGCUUCUUUGAGCAGUUCCGGAAAAUCUACAUCGGAGAUCAGGUGCAGAAGUCCUCUAAGCUCUACCGCCGGCUCUCAGAGGUUCUUGGGCUGAACGAUGAGACCAUGGUCCUGAGUGUCUUCAUUGGGAAAAUCAUCACCAACUUGAAAUACUGGGGGCGGUGUGAGCCAAUCACCUCCAAGACACUACAGCUUCUCAAUGACCUCUCCAUUGGCUACAGCAGCGUGAGGAAACUGGUGAAACUGAGCGCUGUGCAGUUCAUGCUGAACAAUCACACCAGUGAGCACUUUUCUUUCUUGGGCAUCAACAAUCAGUCCAACCUGAGCGACAUGAGAUGCCGGACAACCUUCUACACGUCUCUUGGGCGCCUCCUCAUGGUGGAUCUUGGGGAGGAUGAAGACCAGUACGAGCAGUUCAUGCUGCCCCUGACAGCCGCUUUUGAGACCGUGGCCCAGAUGUUCAGCACCAACACUUUCAAUGAGCAGGAGGCCAAAAGAACCUUGGUGGGCCUCGUGAGGGACCUAAGGGGCAUCGCCUUUGCCUUCAACGCCAAGACCAGCUUCAUGAUGCUCUUCGAAUGGAUCUACCCUUCCUACAUGCCCAUCCUGCAGCGAGCGGUGGAGCUCUGGUACCACGACCCAGCCUGCACCACCCCAGUGCUCAAGCUGAUGGCCGAACUGGUACACAACCGGUCCCAGAGGCUGCAGUUUGACGUCUCCUCCCCCAAUGGCAUCCUGCUCUUUCGGGAAACCAGCAAAAUGAUCACGACCUACGGGAACCGCAUCCUGACCCUGGGGGAGGUCCCAAAGGAUCAAGUAUACGCCUUGAAGCUGAAAGGGAUCUCCAUCUGCUUCUCCAUGUUGAAGGCUGCGCUGAGCGGCAGCUACGUCAACUUUGGGGUAUUCCGCCUUUAUGGAGACGAUGCACUGGACAACGCCUUGCAGACCUUCAUCAAGCUGCUACUCUCCAUCCCCCACAGUGACCUCCUGGACUACCCUAAACUCAGCCAGUCCUAUUAUUCGUUGCUGGAAGUCCUCACCCAAGACCACAUGAACUUUAUUGCUAGCUUGGAGCCCCAUGUCAUCAUGUAUAUUCUCUCUUCCAUUUCGGAAGGUCUCACAGCACUCGACACCAUGGUCUGCACAGGUUGCUGCUCCUGCCUGGACCACAUUGUCACCUAUCUCUUCAAGCAGCUCUCCCGCAGCACCAAGAAGAGGGCUGCCCCACUGACCCAGGAGAGCGACCGCUUCUUGCACAUCAUGCAGCAGCACCCAGAGAUGAUCCAGCAGAUGCUCUCAACUGUGCUGAAUAUCAUCAUCUUUGAGGACUGCCGGAAUCAGUGGUCCAUGUCCCGGCCGUUGCUCGGCCUGAUCCUGCUCAAUGAAAAGUAUUUCUCAGACCUCCGGAACAGCAUUGUGAACAGCCAGCCACCAGAGAAGCAGCAAGCAAUGCAUCUCUGCUUUGAGAACCUCAUGGAGGGCAUUGAGCGCAAUUUGUUGACCAAGAAUCGGGACAGGUUUACGCAGAACCUGUCUGCCUUUCGGCGGGAGGUGAACGACUCCAUGAAGAACUCCACUUACGGGGUAAACAGCAACGACAUGAUGAGCUGACAUUUUGCGCGAAGCCUUUCUCUGGCCGCCGUGGGCCGGGGAGGUUGACUUUUCCGAUGGAAAGACAAAAGGGCAUUUGUGAUCCCUGCUGGUCCCUGGGGCUGGGCUGCAGGAGGAGGAGGAGGAGGAAGGGGUGAGUGGGGCCUCCUCUGUGGUGGGGCGGGGGCUUUUUCAUCCCUUGGGGGGAGCGCGGCAGCCAGCGGAGGAGGCCGGCCCCUCCCCGGGCGAAUGUCAUAGAGAGGGACCCUGCGUCCUGCCGCAGCCUGCCUUGUAUAAACAUGUACAUUUUUUCAUAACAUUUUGAACAAGGUUUAUAUUGACUCAAGUUUAAAAAAAAAACAACAGAAGUGUGACUGAAAUUUUUACAGAGUUUAGUGCACCAAUGCUGACAAUGUGAGGGUUGUGUGUGAGUGAGGAAGCCGAGGGGAGGGGGGGGACGGUAGGGAGGGACGGGGUGCAGAGCUAUAUUUAGUAAGGAGCGCAAAGGGGGGAGGGAUGGGGGAGGGAGGGGCACAAGACCCGUGUAAAGUUCCAAAUGUAUAUUUUUCUUAUACAUCCCCUCCCGACUCCUCCCCCCGCCCCAGCCUUCCCGCUUGUUAGGAACUCAAAGCCAUGCUCCAUCCAUGCUGUUCCCUGCCUGUGUAUGUCUCCUGUCUGGCUCGCCGUGCGCGCUUUCUCAGGCUGGCUUCUAAGGGCCGGCCAUAGAAAACCUGUGCUGGUGAUGGUGUCUGUCCUGCCCUCCUUUUCACACAUUGCACCCCUCAUUUCCUGUCUGUAUGGAUCCUCCUUAUUUCUGAAUUAGUAGAGAACCUGCUGCUCGAGGGGCCACAUUAGCAUCUCCCUCCCAAAAAAACCAAUGGGGUAUUUUGCGUUGCCUGCCUAUCUGCAAAGACAAGCGUUCCCAGGUGGCCGUCUGCAGUGCGGACUGGGUUUGGGGUGGCUGUCUGCCAGGGCAGGGGCUUGACCCAGUGGGAGCCCCACUUUGGGCAUUGAAGCUUCCUUGGGAGUCAGUGAUGAGGGGGAGGGAGACGUUUGCCUUGCACCUUCCCCGUCCUCCUUGCUGCUAGUUCUGUGCACCCCCUUUCCCCCCAUUGUCUUGGCUCCACUUCCCAGAGAGCACCUCCCCAGUUGUUUAUUUUCUUCCUUCCCCCCUUUUCCGUUGGCGAUUGAUUGUGUGUUGGGUCCUUUUUUUUUCUUUUUUUUUGCGUGAGCAGAUUGCUGGAUGACGACUUGUAAGGGCGUUUGCUGCAUACAGUGUAAGCAUUGUGGCUGCAAAUAAACUUCAGUGGUUUCUACUGAGCUGUGUGGAACCAG